GGUUUGCGGAACCGCGCCUUAUGUAUGCAGUGCCGUAGUCGGGCCGCCCGACGGGAAUCAACGAGACCACCACGAAGGAGGAUGCAGCAGCCAACGACGACGACAAGUUAUAAGGCCAAGGAAGUGCCGCUGUUCGGCGGAGCAAUCACCAUCGAACUUCCGCCCAAGAUUAUCGACGUCAGUACGUUCCGCCAAGUCCCAGAUACUCAAGAAGUCUUCAUCACCACGUCGAGCAGCCGCGAUGAGUCCGGGAACCAACAGCAUCAAGAAGAACGGUCGGCAGAUCAGACGGCGCUGUUGACGAAGGAUCUUUCAAUGAUCGUCGAGGUGCUCGAGCUGGUCAAUCCGAAUGACGACCCCGAAUAUCUCCAACAGAACGACACUACUCCUGGCGAAGAUGGAAAAAACCACCCGAAAUCGGUUAUCAAGUACCAUUUCGAUUCGUUAGCGCAUGACAAUUGCUCCAAACUAGCGACCAUCAAAUCCAUCACGGUACCGGAAGAUGUGAGACAGUUUACGGAGCCGCCAGCGCUCGUAGCGGGGCCUUCCACAAGUCUAUCGAGCAAGGGAGGAGACGGGAGUGGCAAGGCAAGAAGGACGCCGGAGCCGGUGCGCUGUUACGGGCUCCAAUCGGUCGCCAAGUUCAACGGCUCCGAGGCCGAGGCACACGACGUGCACAUCUGGCUCGGCUUGUGGCGGUUGAAGGGGAUCGGCAAUCAGGGCCGCGGCACCGACCUCGUCCUCUCCUUCAAUCUUCCCAACCUCAAUUCUGAUAACCAUCCGCCCUUUCUACGCUCGGUCGAGUUCACCGAUCUCGUCUUUCAACAUGCCGCACGUAGUCUGAAAAUCGUCGAUUGGUCCCUUUUCGCUUAACAAUCUCAUGUGGUUUUCACUCCUUUAGAAAAAAAAAUAUCCUCUGUGUUGGGGUUCCAAUUCACUUUAUCCGUGUAACUCUAUCAUUUCCCAUCGACCUUUCGCACUUGAUAAGACAUACAUCAUAAAGCACCAUCAUACACAAUUUUAUUCAUAAAAUCGUUCGCGGAACAAUGUGCUCUUCUUUGACAUAUGUUCUAGGAAUGUACGCUGAUAUGGAAUCCACACAAGAUCACCGAUCGGCCGGUUCCAAUCAAUCAAUACCCCUUUGAACGGAAUCCCUUCAACAAUUGCUCCAAGAAAUCCAUACACAUUUCCAC